CCAACUACAGCCUCUAUCACUUCCUGUUCAUACUGCUACAGUACCGACCUAGAUUACCUACCAUCAUAGCGACGUACAUCAUCUAGCCCACACCGUAUCCCUAGGAAGACCACAUCUCCCAACUUCAAUGUUCCCCUCGCAACCCCUCAACCCGACUCCCUUUCAAAAAACAGUCGCCUCACGACUCCGCAACCGGCCGUUUCUCUACUUUGGCGUGCCCUUCUUGUCCAUCGUCGUCCUGGCGAGUUAUGGAUUGCAGGGAUUCACGAAGACGAGGUAUGACUAUCAUGAUACCAAGGUUCAGACGAUAACGAAGGAAGACGAGCUCAAGAUGAGCAAAGGCAGGAAGAAGCUCGAUCUACGGGAAGAAUACUAUCGACUACAAAACCUCGGCAUCGGGUCUGAUGAAUACGACAUCGUCCGAGUAGCUCGACCUGCCGGUGUUCCAGAGUGGGGAGUGGAUGCGACCGUCAAGAGCACGAGUAGUAGUGCUGCGAACUCGGAACCUCGGGCGAGGUUGGUCUGAGAAGCAGGUCAGACUCUGCGUUGUGUUCUUCGCUCGUUGUACCAAUGCUUCGAGCCCCACUGUAUCCUACAAUCGUACAUCAUCAUCAGCAUAUCAGCAUCAUACCUGACUGAACCAGAAGCCAGAAG